AUGAGAGGACAGAAGACAGCAAGAGAUGAAGAAAACGCCUACGGUUUAGAAGCCCGCGAGUCUGCCCUGCAGGAGCCCAGGCUGCGGCUCCUCCUGGCCGGGAGGUCAGGGACUGGGAAAAGCGCCACGGGGAACAGCAUCCUGGGCCAGAAGCGCUUCCUCUCCAGGCUCGGGGCGACAUCGGUGACCCGGACCUGCGCCGCGGGCAGCUGCAGGUGGGCCAAGUGGGACGUGGAAAUCAUUGACACCCCGGACCUCUUCAGCUCCGAAGUCUGCCAGACAGACCCGGGCUGCACGGAGAGAGGCCGCUGCUACCUGCUCUCGGCGCCGGGGCCCCACGCCCUGCUCCUGGUGACCCAGCUGGGCCGCUUCACGGCGCAGGACCAGCAGGCCUGGAGGGGGGUGAAGGCGCUGUUCGGGGACGGCAUCGUGACGCGCACCAUCGUGGUCUUCACCCGCGAGGAGGACCUGGCUGGGGGCUCGCUGCAGCAUUACGUGCGCGACACCGGGAACUGCGCGCUCAGGGAGCUGGUGGCCGAGUGUGGGGACCGAUUCUGCGCCUUCGACAACCGAGCCGCCUGCGGGAAGCGGGAGGCGCAGGUGAUGGCGCUGAUGGGGCUGGUGGAGGAGCUGGUGAGACACCACGGCGGCGCCCCCUACACCAACGAACUGUACAGCCUGGCGCAGGCCCUGGGCGGCGAGGACCCCGCGGAGAGGCUGCUCAGGAUGGCGGAGCUAGUGGCCGUCUACACGCAGAGGCGGCGGGAGCGCUGGCCGCUGGCCUGGCUGUGGCGGUGGCCCAAGGCGCGGGGAACCUGGUAUAAGCUGGGCGUGUGCACCCUGGUGGGUGCCCUGGCCCUGCUCUACCUGCUCUACAGGCACCGGCUAGAGGCCGUGACAGGGUGA